UUGAUUAAUUAAACAGACAAAAAAAAUUUCAUUUGUUUUGAUUUUUCAUACAUUCUAACAACAUUUUUGGCAAAUCAUUCGAAGAUAGACCAAUACCAUUUUUGUUACCAUGUCAGAAUUGUUGUGGUAAUCUAAUCUGUAUAAUGUUUAUUCAAUAAUGUACAAAUGCAUUUAUUUUUACACGCUACCUACAUCACCAUAAUAACAUGAGAAUCCAGACACUGAUAAUGUUGAUGUUUGUAGUGCGCACAAUCAUAUCGUUGAGCUGCGCUCUUGUUCAACCAGUUGUUAGACACAUCUAGACGAGUGAUCAUCUAUUGUAUGUGCUUUGCUUUUUUGUCAGCUGAUUUGCUUCUGGGUCAAUUUUUAUUUUUCGAUUAUAAUUUCGUUCGUUCGUUCGUUCGUUCAUUCAUCGUAACUAUAGUCAACUCAAAAUCAUUCAACAUGUCGGCAGGUGCAUUCAAGAACAUCGAAGAAAGCCUAAGUAAACAUUUACCAGAAGCCGAAUUAAAAGAAGUCAAACGCAUAUUGUACGGCCGAUCUGACGAUCAUAAAUUGAAAUUAGAUGCAAAAACGCUUGAAAUUGCUGAGCAAAAUAACUUCGAAGUAAAAGGCUAUUCAUUUGAUGCAAAACCAGAAGAAUUAAGGAAACCACGUAUCGUUCGGGUUGCCGCUGUUCAGCAUUCUAUUGUUCUUCCAACAACGGACAAAAUCAGUGCUCAACGUGAUGCAAUCUUUGAGAAGGUGGGCAAAAUCAUAAAGGCGGCGGCUGCUUCAAGUGUCAAUGUCAUUUGCUUCCAAGAGGCAUGGAAUAUGCCAUUUGCAUUCUGUACGCGUGAGAAGCAUCCAUGGUGUGAAUUUGCUGAAGAGGCUGAAACUGGCCCAACCACACUCUAUCUGCAGGAAUUGGCCAAAUUGUAUGGCAUGGUGAUCAUUUCAUCAAUUCUAGAACGAGACUCAACCCACGGAGAUACAUUAUGGAAUACAUCCGUGGUUUUAUCCAGUUCGGGCAAAUACCUUGGCAAACAUCGUAAAAAUCACAUUCCCCGCGUUGGUGACUUCAACGAAUCAACGUAUUAUCUCGAAGGUAACACUGGUCAUCCGGUGUUUGACACUGAAUUUGGUAAAAUUGCUAUAAACAUCUGCUACGGUCGGCAUCAUCCACAAAACUGGAUGAUGUUUGGAUUGAAUGGUGCCGAGGUCGUUUUCAACCCAUCAGCAACGGUUGGUGCUCUGAGCGAACCACUGUGGGGUAUUGAAGCACGAAAUGCGGCCAUCGCCAAUAGCUUCUUCACGGUUGCAAUCAAUCGUGUGGGAACGGAACACUUUGUCAACGAAUUCUCAUCGGGCGAUGGUAAACCAGCACAUAAAGAUUUCGGACCAUUCUAUGGCUCAAGCUAUGUAACCGCACCAAAUGGCCACAGAACACCGGGAUUGUCUCGUGAUCAAGACGGUUUGUUGAUUGUCGAAAUGGAUUUGAAUUUGUGUCGGCAAGUGAAAGAUUUCUGGGGAUUCCGUAUGACACAACGAUUGGCUGAAUAUGGUCGUGACUUCAGUCGUGCUGCCGAAAUCGAUUUCAAACCACAAUUUAUCAAUUAAUACUAUUUCAAAUCGAAAUGCUUCCAUUUGAACAACGAAUAAUGCCAUCUUGUUCCAUUUGAAAUUCUUUUUAUUGUGUAUUUUAAAAAAAAUAAUGAAAUGUUUUGAUUAAAAUCUUUAAAUUUACCAUGAAUACAUUCAUAGAUGAGUACAACACA